CUCUCCCUUCUCUACUCUCUGAUCUCCGUCUGUUCCUCUCUCUCUCUCUCUCUCUCUCUCUCUCUCUCUCCGAGUCUUUUGACUCUUUUCUAAGCCCAAGAUACGUCCUUUAUUGAAUUAAAAAAGGUGCAACGCUGCCGGUGAGUAGGCGGAGGAGGGAUGUUGCAGGGUGCAACGCCGCUGGAGACGGCGGCGCAGCUGGGGUACGCGGUGGAGCUGUAUUUCGAUCCGGCGCUGGAAAACCAGGUGCUUAAGGCGUGGAACGUGCUGGCCCGGCGGCAGAUCAGCACCCAGCUUAUCGAGAUGGCCGCCCGGCCCCACCUCACUCUCCUCUCUUCCCCCUCUCUCGACCCCCUCAAGAUCCAUUCUGCCCUGCGCUCCCUCGCCUCCCGCCUCGACCCCCUCCCUCUAUCCCUCUCCUCCGUCGGUGCCUUCCCUUCGUCUUCCUCCUCCGACGCCCCGGGCAGCGGCGGCGGCGGAGUCCUCUUCCUCGCUCCCACCCCCUCAUCUGCCCUCCUCCACGUCCACUCCCAGCUUUGCGACGCCCUCAAGAAGGAAGGGGUGGAGUUGCCCGAGGAAUUCCGGCCCGAUGCUUGGGUCCCCCACUGCUCCGUGGCCCAGGACGUCCCCAGAAGCCGGAUGGCUGAGGCCUUCUGCAUCCUCCGCGACCUCAAGCUCCCCGUUUCUGGCUACGCCAUGGAUAUCGGCCUCGUGGAAUUCUCGCCUGUCCGGGAGAUCUUCUUCUUCCCUCUCGGAAGCGCCCCUGAUGCCUAGGUAGUAUUUGCUCUAGCAUCGAAAAUUUCCAGUGGAAACACAAAACUACAUCUUAGUAGGUGUCUUGUAUGGAAGCAGUCUUGUUACAUCUGCUAAUCAAAAUUCCUUCUACAUCAAACUAAUGACAAGAAAGGAGGUCUGCAUUCUUGACCUUUCUGAAGGACAAAGCAAGAUAUUACUAGUAGCAAGCUUUUAACCCCCCAGGAUAAAGUGCUUCCUCUAAAUUAUGGAGGCUUCAGUAUGUGUUGUGCAAAAGUUCUCAUUUGUAAGUGAUACUGACUAAAUGGUUUUUAUUGCUAGUUCUUUUUCUGACAUGCAUAUGAAACUAGUAAUAUUAUUCUGAGAAUCAUCA